ACGGCGUUUGUCCACCGCCGCCGUCACCGUCACGUCACCGAGAACUAGAUGACGGCGCCGAAGAAGCGGUACAUACAUUUACAUUACAUUACUUAGCCGCGUGUCCACCGCACAUCCGUCACCCGAGUGCCGUCAUCCCGGCCGCCGAAAUUGCGAGUAGAUCGGCGUGACCGCUAGAUCGUCGCCCGAGAUUUUGACGGGCCGAUGUGCCGGCAAUACAAAACACGUAUGAACUUGUCCACACACUGCCGUCGCCGUCGCACCGUACACGAGCUCAGUUAUUAUUUUGUUUGUAAUCAAUUAUCAUUAAUUAGUAUAACAUUGCAAUAAAAAUGGCGAAAAAAUUUAAAUACGAUAUUUAUUCAUUAAUAGAAAUUAUAGAAAGUAAAGAAUGUUUGUGGGAUAAAACCAAGGAAGUGUCCAAAGAUAAAGUUUUGCGUAGAAAUGCAUGGCGCGAUGUUUGUGCCUUUUUAGAGCCGAACUUUGAGGAUAUGGACCAGAAAAACAAAGACGAAAUUAGAAGCGGUAAGAGAUUUGUACAAAGUAUUUCGUGUUCACGUAAUUUGCAUCCUGAGGCUUGCAUGGAAUAUUUUGUCGAUAUUAACGGCGCUCCGAUACUCCUUGCAUUCGUGGGAGAUGAAAGGAUCGUUACUACGUUAGAAAGGAAAUAA